CAUCCCUAUUCUGUGGUUUAAGUUGACACACAUCCAUAGUCGGACUAUGGAUUUGAUUAAAAAAUAGUAGUACUUUAUCAAUGGAUCAAGCUCUAUUAUUAUUUAUGGUUACAUUACUGAAAGAUGGCGGGUGAUGAAAGUGACAGUAAUCUUAAACCGUCUAGCGUUGCUAUAAUAAGAGAAGUAUAUGAUAGUGAAAAUGCCCACAUUAAAUUUGAAUUGGAAUUGGAAAGAGCACUUGAGGCUGGAGUCAGUGUUAUCGUAAUUGAGCCCGAACCAUUAGGUGAAGAGACUGCAAGAUGGAUCUAUGUGGGAAACCUCUUACAUAAAGUGUCUGUUUACAGUGGAAUAUUAGGUAUUACUGCAGGAAUUGGUUGGAGUUCUAUAGCAUGUACCCCAUUUGGAUUAGUUUCUGUACUUUGCGCUGGCUGCUAUACACUAUCAUGGCAAUGGGAUCCUUGCUGUAAAUACCAAGAAGAAAAAAACCACCGUCACCUGUCAACCCUGCCAAUAUUAAGCGACCUUACGUCCGCUUCACCUGUUGUACUUGUACGCACAGAUAACAGACGAAAAAUUGUUUUACAUAGCACAAUCUCUAUUACUGCAGCUGCUAUUUGUUUAUGGAGAUUAUAUAAUAUGUUUAAGUAAAAUGAUUAUUAAUUUGCUCAAUUUAAGCUUUCUUAGUUGGAUGACAUUUGUAAGGUAAAUGAUUCCUUACAGCUAUUUGUCUUAAUUUAGUUAUGUAAUUGUACAAUAAUAAACUGUAUAAAUUUGUUUCUAUUAUUAAUUCACUGUGUUGUAUAGUUAGUUGCUUAUAAUAUUGUACAAAAAUACUUUGUUUAUUGUAAAAAUGUUAGUCUAAAGUGAAUGAAGGUUUGUUCUUUAGUAGUGAAAUAAGUAUAAUAUGACUAUUAUCAGGUGGUCACAAGUAUAUAACAAUAAAACAAUGAAGUAUG